AAAGGCAAGAAUUCCGCUUUUAUGCUAAUUAUCACUCUUAUUUGACAUGAUUGACGACUAAAACGGUAACAGUUUUGUUAUAAUUAUCGAAUGGCAGCAUUUGGAUAUGAAUUUGAGAGGGAAGGUGACAGUCGUGUGUUCACCGGAUUAAAAGACAGCAAUCAUGUCUUUUAGAGAUCUGAGAAAUUUUACAGAGAUGAUGCGAGCGCUCGGCUAUCCUCGUCUCAUCUCCAUGGAAAACUUCAGAUCUCCAAACUUUCCUUUAGUAGCUGAAAUUCUCAUCUGGCUUGUCAAGAGAUAUGAACCUCAGAUGGAAAUUCCCAGUGAUGUUGAGACCGAGUCAGACAGGGUGUUUUUCAUCAAAGCUGUGGCCCAAUUCAUGGCCACCAAGGCUCAUGUGAAGUUGAAUCUCAAGCGUCUAUAUCAGGCAGAUGGUUACGCUGUGAAAGAGUUGCUGAAAAUCACCAGCAUCCUCUAUAAUGCCAUGAAAACCAAAGAGAACGCCAGUGGUGACCAGAACAAUGACGAAAACAGCAAGUUCAAGUUUGAUCUGGGGUCAAAGAUAGCUGAUUUAAAGGUGGCUCGUCAGCUGGGAUCUGAAAUUACAGCAAAGGGAGCAGCUCUGUUUGACCUGCUGGGGCACGAAGAGGACCUGAGAGAGAGCAGGGCGGCUGCAAUAGCCCGACCGCUGGAGGUCACUGAGACAGAGAGAGCCCUGAGAGCGGCCGUCAAGGACGUUACGGAGAGUAUCCAAAUGACGAAGGAUCUGCUCAAUAAUGUAUCGUCAGAUGAGGCCAGUCUGGAGGCCAAGAUCGAGAAGAAGAAACAGGACCUGGAGAGAAACCAGAAGCGUUUACAAACUCUACAGAGCGUUCGUCCAGCGUUUAUGGAUGAAUACGAGAAGAUCGAGGAGGACUUGCAGAAACAGUACCAGACGUAUGUGGAGAAAUUCCGUAACCUCAGCUUCCUGGAGCAGCAGCUAGACGACUAUCACAGAGCCGAGCAGGAACGCUUCGAGGAAGCAGAAAUGACAAUGAAAAUGAGACAAAACAAAUUAAAAGAGGAGGAGAAGAGACUCAUGAGGAGUGGAGCAAAAGAUGAAGACUCAGAUGUGGACAUACCAGAGGAUGAAGGAUCUGACAGCGACAUAGAUGAUGGACAGCAGCCCAGAGCGCACCCCGCACGACACGCCCAGAUUUCAGGUCGAGGUGGCGCUCGAUUCAUUGGCAGUAUGAGGGGAGAAGACAGUGAAGAGCCCAGCGUAAAGGAACUAACUCGUCUAUCCGGCAGCGGCCGGAAGCAAAAGAGAAGAAAGUCAGAGGAUAGUGAGAUUGACGUAGACGAUGAUGAUGAAGAUGGUGAGGAAGACGAAGAUGAGGAGGAGGAGGAAAACGAGGAUCUGGAUGAAGAUAAUGACAGUCUGGAGGGCUCCUCUGCCAAACCCGGACGGUCAAAGCGAUCACUGCACCCACAAAUCCUCGAGGAGAGCGACAAUGAUUUUUAACAUACAACUUAAAUCAUUGUGCAGUUGCUCAUAUACGGAAUAACAUUAAUACGAUAACAUGGAAAAACACGCUCAGUGGAACUUUUAACUUUUCAUGAACCAAUUCUUAUGUAAAUUGCUGCAUCAAACUGAAUGACAAUUUACAUUAAAUGUUUUUUCAUGAAAUGGAAAAAGUAAAUAUAUGUAAAUAAAUACCAAAAUGUAAUUUCCAUAAUAUGAAUAUAUUUGUAUUCAAGUGUAGCUGCCUGUUCAAUUGCCAGUUAUUUGGAUUCAUUUGAGUGAAAGUUCAACAAAAUUGUUGUAUUGUGUGUUUUAUUAAGGCAACAUAUCUGUCACUACUGUUAUAUAAAAUAAACAUUUAUUAUUACACAA